AUUAAAGAAAUGUUUCUCAGUAUCUUUUGGUAUUUUUUUGUUUUGUCUUAAAUGGCUUAACUGGGAUGGUUAUGCAGAAUUGAAAUAAGAGAAAAUAGGCAAGUUUGGUAGCCUACUUUAAAACCAACAGCUAUAUGUAAUUUUCAUGGCUUCUUAGCACCUUCUCUGAAGAGUUUUGCUGUCAGUUUUUGUCAGCAAACAAUAGAUACAAUCAGGCAAGACCAAAGUUUUACUUGUUUUAUAGGUUUGCUUCAGGGUUAUUUAAGGAUCGCUUUUGAAGCUAUCCCUCCCUCUGAUGCAAUUUUGAAAAGCAGUUUCCAACUGGAUUUUAUCUGUUUCUAUUUUUCUGUGUAAUUUGUUUCCUCAAGCUGACAAAAAUGCAAGACGUGUUCUCAGAUUGUGAAACAAAAAUUCAUCUGUUUUGAAUUUUGGCAGACAGUUCUCAUAAGGAAUCAGGACUUUCAUUGUGGGAAAGAUACAUUUCAGGGGUGAGAGUGGGGGACGGCCUUUGACCAUUUCCAAAACUGUCCACUUAAAAACACUUGCACUAAGAGAGUCGACACAAACAUGUAUACCAGCAGCCGAGCCAUCAUGCAGGAAUUUUAAAGUUUAGUGUGCAAACUAGUUAAACUUGGCUCUAAAACAAUAAAAACCCACAUAAAUGUAUAUAAAAGCUUCUUAUAAAUCUCCCCUUCCUUCCCAUAGUGAAGGAGAAGAUGGUCUCAAAGUCUACUGCUGGAGUAUAUUCUGGGCACCACAAGAUAUUACUGGCUCUUUCAAAAAACUGAUCUCACUGAAGCAAAAGGAAAUCAUCAGGAAGCAAGUACCUUGGGAUGUUAAUUCUUCUGCUGAAAGCUUUUUGGUAGAAGAGAAUUUUGAUCUCUUUACAAUGGAUCUUUUUGUUGCAGAUGCUACUGAGUAUGGUGUGACCUUAAAGUCAGUAUCCUUUGACCUAUAUGCAAAGCCAGGUAACAACAGGAGUUUGACUUUGGUGAAUCCCAAGAAAUCUUUUUAUCAGUGGCGGCUGCGAGUUCCUUCUAACUAUGUUGUGAGACUUGUCAUUCUUACAUUGCAUGGUGUCACUCCGGGGAGCUGUGCAUCUCACAGAUUAUCAGCAUAUGAUUUCCUCCUCCCUCUUCAGAACAAGAUCAUUACGAGGUGGUGUGGAGUACCAGGGGCUUGGAAUCCCCCCAUUGUUCGGUUAACUUCAUCAAGUAAUGUAAUGCUGGUCACCUUCUCGCUGGACAAAAGAAAAGAGAACAGCAUACUAAAAGCCUACUUCCAGGCAGUUCCUAAAAUUGUAUGUGGCGGGCGUUACAUCUCGUGGAAUGGGACUGUGAGCUCCCCUUAUUAUCCAAGUUACUAUCCACCAAGCAUUGACUGCAGCUGGAUAAUCAGAGCACCAUUGCCUGGCUAUAAGUUGUCACUAAAAAUUCUUGUAAUACAAAUUCAGGAGAAGACUCCAGGAUCUAGUAAAUGUGAUAAGGAUUGGUUAGAAAUUGAUGGAGUUAGGUAUUGUAAAGCUAUUGCAGAAGGCCAGAGAAAUAAAGACUAUGGUUAUUCAGUUGCAAUCAGUUUCCAUUCAGAUGAACUGGUCACUCAUAGAGGUUUUUACAUUGAAUAUAAAGCAUUCAGUUACAUGGACCUUUGUCCUCGACAAUUUAAGUGCACAGAUGGAACAUGCAUUCCUUUAAACAAUCAGUGUGAUGGACGGCAAGAUUGUUCAGAUGGCAGUAAUGAAUUAGAUUGUGGCUGCAGUCCAGAGGAGUCUAAUUGUGGUAAUGGGAAGUGUAAGCAUGCUUCUAAGAUGUGCAGAGGGGAGGAGAGCUGUGGAGAGGACAGUGAUGAAAACAACUGCUCCUCUAAAAAUUGUUCUCCAUAUGCAUAUAAAUGCUCAAAUGGCAAGUGUUCAAUGAAACCAAACCCUGAAUGUGAUGGAAUAAGAGACUGUGCUGAUGGAUCUGAUGAAGUUAAUUGUGCCUGCGGAAAGAGUCAAUUUAAAAAAAACAGAAUUGUGGGAGGUGAGGAUGCAAGGUCUGGAAAGUGGCCAUGGCAAGCAAGCUUACAGAUGGGAACUUAUGGCCAUAUUUGUGGUGCAUCUGUUAUUUCAAAUAGAUGGCUGAUAUCUGCUGCUCACUGUUUCUUGGAUUCUGAUUCCAUAAGAUACUCUGUGCCUUCUGGCUGGAAAGCAUAUAUGGGCAUAAGGAUCAUGAGCAAAAACAGCAAUCAUGUAGCUAUGAGAUCAAUCAAAAGGAUUGUUGUCCAUCCACGGUAUGACCAGUAUAUCUCAGACUAUGAUGUUGCCCUGUUGGAAAUGGAAACGCCAGUAUUCUUCAGUGAGCUGGUACAGCCCAUUUGUUUACCCAGCAGCCCUAGAAUAUUUUUUUAUGGAACUGUCUGCUAUGUAACUGGCUGGGGAGCCAUAAAAGAAAAUAGUCAACUUGCCAAAACAUUGCAAGAAGCUAGAGUAAAAAUAAUUAAUCGAAGUGUCUGCAGCAAGCUUUAUGAUGAUCUCAUUACUUCUCGGAUGCUGUGUGCAGGAAACCUCAAUGGUGGCAUUGAUGCAUGCCAGGGUGAUUCUGGAGGUCCAUUGGCCUGCAUAGGAAAGGAAAAUAGGUGGUACCUUGCUGGAAUUGUGAGCUGGGGUGAAGGAUGUGCUCGGCGUAAUCGUCCUGGUGUAUACACCAAAGUGACAGCUCUUUAUGACUGGAUUCGUCUGUAUACAAAGUGAUGCACUUGGCAGGCAGCACAAACCAUCCUGUUUGCUGAAAUUCCUAGAAAUGCAGUUUGUGAAGCACAUCUUCAUGGCAAUUACAGUUCAUGGUAUUUUGUGUGUGUGUCAUUAUUUUCUCAUGGAUUCAUCUUUUGUUUUCCUCCUCGUGAGAAACAAGCAACAGGUUUGACAAAAGUGAGAGCAGCUUACAACCUUGAGCUAAGAUUCAACAAAAUCGUAAUUGAUAUUCAAAGUGUUUCUUUUGCCUCCGAGGCAAAUGCAUAAGGAACACGUACCCAGACCAUGUGCGUAGCUAUGGUCUUGCCUUUCUCUUGUUAAUGCUUCCAGGCAAGCUUCAUUGUCCACUUGUCAUGUCUGAAUAUACAGAAGUCAAGUCAGGGUGAUGUGGUUUGAAGUCAGGAGGUUAACCUCAUGAUAGUCCACACCAGAAAGACUGUAAUAUGUUUAAAUAAGAAUCCAAGCUUUCAGAUGAAUAGUUGAUCCUCCAGAAGGCUAGAGGUUCAUCAGGAUCUGUAGUUGUUUUUAGGAUAUAAUUGUCAUCAGUUCAAAGCUGUGAAGUAACAAAUUCUUCAAGUGCUAUCAGCUCACAUUUCAGAUGCUACAGGACCCAGUAACAUGGCUAAAAUGAAAGGGGUAUGUUGCUAGGGUUGCUCAAGAAAUGGUCAGAUGACAAAUGCCCCGUGUUCAGUGGCUUAAUCAGUCAGAAGUGAUGCAAGUAAAACAGCAUUUCACAUUUGAGUCUCUAGAAGUUCGCUGGUCUUCAAGCCCUCUUCCUAGAAUUCUUUUUCUUCAGUCCACUCAUUUACUAAAUACAAGAGAAACCGGUAGGUUUCUGAGCUCUUAUCUUUUCCUGGUUACAGCAUUCAGCAGUUACAGCCAGUUACUGGGCAGCUUCCCCAUGCUUUCAUCUUCCCAGGAUGUUGCUUCCCUUUCCCCAAAUGUGGAGUUACUUUGUCACAGCUUUACAUAGAGUUUUUGACUUCGCUGAUACAUGCAUGUCUACAGAAGCAGGUGAGAGGGAGAAGCCUGAAUAUCUACCCAGGGGGACCACAAAUCACGAGAGGGGAAGGGAGGUUUCAAGGGAAUAGUAUUUUUAGGGGUGCAGAGGUAAAGAUUGUUUUGGCCGAUGCUGAUGGCCAAUUAUAUUAAUCAGCCAUAUUGGCCAAUGCUGAUCUGAUAAUUGAUAUGCAGCCCAGCAGCUUGGGGAGCAGUAUCCAGCUGGUAAAUAUAUGGUGGGGGGGAGGUAUGGAGAAGGAAAGGGGCAUGGAGGGGGCAGAUUGUGGCCCCCCACAGUGAGGGAGGAAAUGGG